AUGGUGCGAUUCAAGACACGCUGGCUGCUUCUAGCCAUCGACGACAAACCGCUCGCCACCUCGUCACCCUUUCCCUUGCCGUUUCUCCCGGAAGACGACGACGACAACGACUCGUCAGCACACCCGAAUUCAUCCACAUCGGUCCUUUCCGCUGCGCAGCGCACGUCUCCUUCCACCGGAGCGGUGGUCACGCUGACACCUCAACACAUCACACGACUACUACGCGCCUCGCUGGUUUACAACUUUGGAGAUGUUGCCGCUGGCGCGUAUGGCGGUGUGCUGACGUGCAAGUACUACAGCAUGCAUACAGGUACGGCCAUCGUAAGGUGCUCGCGCGAUGCGGCGCGGUUGGUCUGGGCCAGUGCGACGAUGAUCUCGAGUCCGAUCGAGGUGUCAGCUGAUGAUGGAAGCGUGAGCGCAAGCGCGAGAGCGCCAUCGCUGAGGAUCCGCGUGAUUCACUGCGGAGGAACCAUCAAAAAGGUGCAAAACAAAGCGAUCGAGUUGGAUAGGAAGCUGAUCAUGCGUCUCAGAGCAAAGCAAAAGAGACUGGCGGCAGUCGGCUCGAAAGUGCACCCUCCCAUAGGAGACGUCAAAUCUGCCACACCCGCGCUGGAAGACAGCGCUACAAUUGUACCGGUUGUUCCGAUUGCGCCUGUCGAUGACGACGAAGACCUUGGCGAAGCACUCGAUCCUCAAUUUUCGGCCACGGAAGCUCCUGUAGCCUCGAUAGCAGCACCAGCAACAACACAACCAAAUCAACUCACCACUUUCAAGUCUAACGAAAGCAAUGUCGAUCCAGAAACACAAGCCCUCCUGAUACAGUCGCGAAGGCAAAUCAGCUCCAUUUCCAUGUAA